AUGGAAUCGAAUAAUACAUCUAAUCUCGCGGCGGAAGGCGAUGGCGGGGAUUCUCCUCCAAGACAACUUCCCCAGACAGAGGCCGAGGUGUAUGGUGACGAUGUUCUGUUGGAGGAGGAAUCAUUAUCCUGGUUUGAUCCAGAGAAAUGGUAUCCUGUUCGAAUUGGGGAGGUUAUCCAAUCCAGAUAUCAGGUUCUCGUAAAGCUCGGCUUCGGCUCCGUUUCGACGGUCUGGUUAUGUCGAGACCUUCGAAGGAGGCACAUCUACGUAGCUCUCAAAGUCUAUGAAACUGGACACCGACAGGGAGAUAACGAAAGCAAGGUCUUGCAGCACCUCGGGUCAUUAACGGGCAAUGAAGUUGGGCGGAAUCUCAUACGAACCUUCCGGGAUAGCUUUGAGCUACAGGGGACCAUCGGACCCCACGUCUGCUUGGUGUACAAGCCGCUUUGCAUGUCUCUGGAGGAUCUUCGUCUCUAUGCCGGGGGCAAGAUUCCUCGAGACGUAGUGAAGCCCCUCAUCCGAACUCUCUUACCUGGGCUCAACUACCUCCACAAGGUGGCCCACGUUGUUCACACCGACCUUCAGCCAGGAAAUAUUAUGCUCUCCACAGACAAUCCGCACGUUUGGGAUGAACUUGUCGAAGAGGAGUGGGACACUCCUACACCAAGAAAAAUCAUGAGUGAUAGGAUUAUAUACCAGUCAAGGGACCUCGAUAUCCCCGAGGAUGGGGAGCCUGUCAUCUGCGACUUCGGUGAGGCUAAAGUGGGAGACGGACCCUUCAUCGGCGAAGUGAUGCCAGAUUUAUACCGAGCACCAGAAAUCAUCCUCUACAUUCCCUGGACAGAGAAGAUAGAUAUCUGGAGUCUUGGUCUUAUGAUCUGGGAUCUUUUCGAGGGCAAGCAUCUCUUCAACAAUCGACUUCCCAGCCGAGAGGCUACCAGACCGGCCCAUUUGGCGAGGAUGGUAUCCCUCCUAGGGAACCCGCCCAAAGACUUCUUAGAGAGAAGCGAGUACUCCGUGGAGUUUUUUGAUGACGACGGAAACUUGAAGAUGCAACCCGAGGAUGUGGCGGGUAGUUCACUCGAGGAGGAGGAAGAUGUUCUUGAAGGAGACGAGAAAGAACAAUUUCUAUCCUUGAUCAGAAAGACGCUUCAGUGGAGGCCGGAGGAUCGGCCAACAGCCCACGAACUGAUGAGCGAUCCCUGGUUAAAUAGUUAA